AUGUAUAUUAGAUUGUUCUCUUUGAUGAUAGGCUUUUUCGCAAUCAAUAUCAACUCCAACAACAGUCCAAAUAAUUCACCACCAUCAUUCAUGAAACCUCUUGAUGAUAAACAAUUAUUCCCAUAUACUACUAUUUUCAGUAAAGCCAUUAAUAAUCGAUCAAUAAUUGAAUGUAUGAAAUUAUCUGAAUCAACUUCAUUUAAAAUAAAAAACUGCACCAUAAGUAAUGGAGGUAGUGGUAAUAGCAAUAGUACUGGCACUGGUACUACUAAUGGUCAAUAUAAAUCAUGUUUAUGUUAUUAUAUUAAAUUGAUACAACAAGAGUGUAAGGAAUUAAAUUCUGAUCAAUCUUGGCAAUUACAAUUGUUACAAUACCCUGAAUGUUUUUCUCCCCCAUAG